UUGACUUUCAGCUGCUCACAGACACUUUGUUUUUACGCAGUUUCAUGGCCUGAUAGACUACUUUAAUCUCAUUUUAUUUAUUUAAAAAAAGAAAAAAAAAAGCAGCAUGAAUCUCGUCAGGUCUCGCCUCUCCAUCGGCAACCUCUUGGGUCAGAGGUGCAGACAGGUCAGUGAGACAUGGAGCCACAGAGGGAUGUGCAAUAAACCACAGGAGGCCAAAGCAGAGCCUCCAUCUACAGCUCCAGCACACGCACCACCUCGCAUGGCGUUCAAAAUCCCAGGCUACAGACCCUCCCCGAUGGACAAGAGGAUCUUGAUUUGGUCGGGACGCUUUAAGACACCAGAACAGAUACCAGAGAUUGUGUCGUUUGAAAUGAUUGACGCCGCCAGAAACAAAGUGAGAGUGAAAGCCUGCUACAUUAUGAUGGGCCUCACAAUAGGGGCCUGCUUGUUUAUGAUCUUCCUGGGCAAAAGGGCUGCACGCAGGAACGAGUCCCUGACAACUCAAAACAUGGAGAAGAAAGCUAAAUGGAGGGAGGAAUUUCAAAAAGAGAGGGAAGCUGCCGUGGCCCUGUCUGAGAAGGCUCAGUGAUGGACAACUAGCCCCCUACACAACUAUGCCAUUUUCCCCAGCUACUGGGCCAAUAAUGUCCCUUUUCCUGCCGUAUAAUGUGUCACAAUUAUGAAGCUCUCCUCUGUGUAGCAAUCCCAAAACACUUUGGAGCGGUUUAGCAUCAGCUUUUACAACCAGGAGACAAAUGUGGAUUAUUUAAGAAUAGUGAAACCCAGUGUAAGGUUUUAUCUUUUGAGCAAAUGUACUGAGGGUGUAAAAGGGUACAGGUUUACUGAGGCCCUUUUUAAAAAAUCUGCAAGGAAUGAAACUCAUACUCUCACUCAACUAAAAACUGUAAUGCAGAUUUCAAGUGUCAGUGGAUUUUUAUAUCUACUUGUUUGCUUCAAGUACAAACACGUAUGAUUCAGACAAGAAAAACCUGAUGAAUAAACGUAUGAAUUUCUGUUUCCCAUUAGGAUUAAUAAGUACUCUGUCAGUGAUUCUAGUGAUGUUUCAAACAUACCUCUCCUACUUCAAAGCCCUAUAUAGUAAAUUUGCCUCAGAAGCAGGAUUCUUGUAAAGACAAUUCAGCACCAGAGUUUUAACUGGUCUUCAGUGGUCUGGGAAGUGGAUCAGACUUACAUGAUCCACACACACACAAUGGUCUGUCCUGUCCUAGUAAUCAUGUGAUGUGACAUCUACAGUUUGUAUAUAGUGAGCACCACAAAUAUCAGUUCAAUAAAGUUAUUAAAAACCAAGAAAAA